UCUGUCUGUUCUCUAAUCCCACUGUGUGUGGUUCUGUGGAAGCCUACAGCUCUCCAUCCUCACACCCCCUUUCUGCUCCUUCUUUUCCGAGGUGGAGUCUGCUGGAAGCCCGACUGCUCCAAAGUGAACAGUGGGUGAAAGCCAGCGGAGGAGGAGGCGGAAGGAAGAGCGGGACCAGAGCAGCUGCAGCCCCGCACCGCACCGCAGGCACAGGCGCAAAUCUGGGACGCAUUCGACCGGGAGAGGAAGCAGAAGAGGCGGCUGGCUGCAAGGAAGGAAAGACGAGAGGAGAGGAAAGAGAGGAAAAAGGAGAGGAAAAAGGAAGGAGAACAGAGGACGCUGUGAAUAUUUCUGCAACAAACAAGACACAAGCUCCAAGAUGAAUGCUUUCAUCCUUCUGUCGCUUUUGGCUUCAGUUGUCGCUGGAAAGUCACCUCGACUGAAAUUCGUUGUGCACGAACCCUCCAGGUUCCACAUGACCAAACCGGAGAACUACAUCAGUAUGUACCAUCCGGAGGGGAGCGACACACUGUACGUGGGCGGGAAGGCCAUGAUCUACGUGUUGACCUUUAGCGACUCAGGAGUGCGCCACCUUCAGAUCCCAGCGGAAUCUGAUGAGACUGCGAAGAAUACCUGCAGGGCAAAGGCUGCACCACUGGAGUUGGAGUGCGAUAACUUCAUCACCGUCAUUCAGAAAGUAAAUGACACAUUCAUCGUAUGUGGAACCAACGCUGGGAGCCCCAGGUGCUGGAUGCUGGUCAAUGACACGGUGCUGACCGACGUCCAGGGAAAUGGACAGAUAGCCUCAGCCUCGGACAUCUCACCCGCCUACCCCUCCCAGAAAUCCAUCACCUUGACCGCAGAUGGGGGUCUGUAUUCUGCUCUGUCUUCUGUGGGAGGUCAUGCUGGCUCCAUACGGCGAACGUUCGGCACCCAGAAACUCCUGAAGACGGAGAACAUUUGGCUGCUGAACCCACAGUUCGCUGGUGCAGCCAUCAUCCCAUCAUCCCAGAAGUACAAGGAGGAGAUCUACUUCUUCUUCAGUGAGAUCAACAAAACAGCAAGAGUGGACGAGGAGCCAUACAGAGCACGCAUAGGACGAAUCUGUAUGGUGGAUGAAGGAGGCAUUAAGGCUCUGCUGGCGGACUCGUGGACCACCUUCAUGAAGGCCCGGGUCAUGUGCGGUGCCGGCAGCUCUCAGCAGCAGUACAACAACAUCAGACAGGCGGUGGUGCUGACGGCGCAGGACAAACGAGCCGGGGUCAUAUACGGACUCUUCUCAAACGCAUGGGGUAAAACAGUGAUUUGUGCCUAUUCCAUCGAGGACAUCGACCAGGCCUUCUCCACCUCCAAACUCAGGGGCUACAGUAGUCCGUUCAUUGGGAUGCGGCCGGGCACGUGUGUCCGUAAAAACUCCACAGCAGGCGGUCACAAUGACAUCAAAAACCUGGGGGUGAUCAGAUACCACCCAGAAAUAGAGGACGUGAUCCGUCCUGUGGGCGUGGCUCCGCUGGACCUGCCGUCCGACGACCAGAUCACACACACCGUGGCCGACAUCGUUCUGGCCGUCAACGACGAGCACUACAGCGUCCUGUACCUGGGAACAGAACAAGGCAAAGUGCUGAAGGUUCUUCACACCAGUGACGGCGUCUUCAUUAUUUCCCAGUAUUCUCUGUUCCAUAACGAGGGUCCGGUUCUGAACAUGGCCAUCGACUCCCACAAGGGACACCUGUACGUGGGCACGGCUAUGGAGGUCCAACGACUGCCGCUGGCGGACUGCGGACGUUACGGAGACACGUGCAGGGAGUGCAUCCUGUCCAGAGACCCCUACUGUGGCUGGGACAGGGCCCGCAGGAAGUGCAUCCCCAUCCCCCCCGGAUACAACGUCACAUCUGGGACGCUGGUUCAGAACCUCGACCAUUCCAACUCCUCCGUUUGUGGGGAAGCUGCUGCCUUGAAGCUUCGUAAAACUUCUCCCAGAGAAGUCAUCAUCCAGUCCAACACCCGUGUGUUCCUGCCAUGCCCCGUGCGUUCCUUCCACGCCACGUACCGUUGGGAGAAGGACAACCUGUCGGGCGCCCUGGACUACCCCUGCCUGUUCUCUGGGGACUUCUGCGUCCUGGGGCCCACCAUAGACACCCCCCUUAGGGAAGGCGUGUUCCGCUGCAUGGCCACUGAGGACGGCUUCAAGGUGGAGGUCAUCUCCUUCCGGCUGGUGAACGACGGCGGGCUCCUGGCGGCGUCCUUCACCUCCACCUUCGGUCUGUCGCUCCUGCUGGCUGCAGCGACCCUGUGGCUCCAUUAACUGCAGCUAAUGCUAAUGCUAACC